AUGGAUCGGUGGUGGGCGGAAUGGUCCCUCGCCGGAGCUGGGAGGUGCAUAGAGCGAGGCUGUUUACACCGGUUCAUCGCCUCAUCCGGUCAGAUCAUCGAACUGGACCGACUUAAGGUCCGGUUCACCGUUAUACAUGCAUUUGAUGAUACUGGAGUAGACUCUGACUACGUACAUAACUCCAGGACAAAUGAGCAUGAAGGUCCACACCAACUUUCACUGGUCGAGUCGGCAGAGUCGAUUUGGGAGGAAGAUACUUGGGAUGCUGGAGAUGCAAUCCAUCAUUGCAUGUUCUGCAAUUCAUGCAUGUGGGAAGGGGAAAAGUUGGCUAAAAGCAGGAGCAGCAGAAUUCCUCGAUUUGGGCUUUGCUGCAUGGAUGGAAAGGUACAAUUGCUGUUACUUACCCAGGUCCCUGCAAUUCUACAAGACCUCCAUCGUGGACAUGAUGACAAAGGUAGGUACUUCAGGAAGAAUAUCCGUAAGUUUAAUUCCAUGUUUGCGUUUACGUCAAUGGCUGGAAAGGUUAACCGAGGCAUUAACAAUGGCACGGCUCCACCGACUUUUUCAAUUAAUGGUCAGAACUACCAUUCAAUUGGAAGCCUGAUCCCUAACAACAAUGAAAGGCCGAGAUUUGCGCAACUGUACAUCUAUGACACAGAUAAUGAAGUGUCUAAUCGGAUACUUGCUGUGAGGUCGGGUGAAAUAAUCAACAAACUUGAAACUGAAAUCGUGUCUGAACUCACUAAGAUGCUGGACAUGUGCAAUCCUCUUGCCAAGAGUUUUCGCUUUGCUCGAGACAGGUUCGCUGAUAGCGAGCCUUCAGAAAUUAAAAUGAGGCUGAUUAGGAAGCGGGAAAAGGAUGGAAGAGUGUACAACUUACCCACUGCGUCUGAGGUUGCCAUCCUGAUAGUAGGUGACAUUGACGACUCAAUCCUUGAUAGAGAUAUUAUUAUUCAGUCCACAGAAAAUAAGUUGCAAAGAAUAGAUGUUCUACACCCGUUGUACUUGGCUCUUCAAUAUCCGUUGAUAUUUCCAUACGGUGAGGAUGGAUUCAGGACAGGUAUUCAGACAUCUACUAGAUAUGACCUGAAUGGUAUAAAGAAACGUAAGACGAUAAGUAUGAGAGAGUUUUUUUCAUACCGUAUACAGAUGAGGUUCAAUGAGUCCCCAAUCAUGUUACAAUCUAUGAGGUUGUUCCAACAAUUUCUGGUCGAUGCGUACACGAUGAUUGAGGCUGAACAGCUUAGUUUUAUUAGACAUAACCAACCCAAACUAAGGGUGGACAAAUAUAUUGCACUGCAUGAGUCAUUGGUUAGGGGAGAGGCAAGUGCUGUUGCAACUGGACAGAGGAUUAUACUACCGAGUAGCUUCACUGGCGGUCCUCGGUACAUGUUCAACAAUUGCAAGGAUGCAUUUGCAAUUUGCAAAUAUGCAGGUUAUCCUAGCUUUUUCAUAACAAUUACUUGCAAUCCUGAAUGGGAUGAGAUAAAACAUUCGUUAAAAGACACAGGGUUAAAAGCACAAGACCGUCCUGACAUUGUAUCGAGGAUUUUUAACCUAAAGCUCAGUCAGUUGAUAGCUGACUUCAAGCAUGGUCAAUUCUUUGGCAAGAUAAUGGCAUGUAAGUUUAAUGAAAUCUAUUAUGUUAUACAUGUAUCAAAAUUAAGGCCUAACAAUGAGUUGGUCUCUACAGACGUCUGCACGGUAGAAUUCCAAAAGCGGGGACUCCCACAUGCGCACAUACUGCUGUUCAUGCAUCCUCUAUCCAAGCCUAAGUCACCAGAUGAUAUUGACAAACUAAUCUCAGCUGAGAUUCCAGACAAGAUCAAGAGGCCAAAACUUUAUGGGGCAGUUGAAAAGUACAUGGUCCACGGCCCGUGUGGCAAGUAUAAUAGUAAAAGCCCCUGCAAGUUGAACGGUCGGUGCUCAAAGUUUUAUCCCAAGCCCUUUAGAUCAAGGACAAUGAUUGAUGAUGGUGGGUUCCCCAAGUAUAAGAGGACGGAUAAUGGUCGGAUAGUCACAAAGAAUAAUACGGCCCUCGAUAAUUCAUAUAUUGUACCAUACAAUCCAUCACUACUACUGAAAUACGGUUGCCAUAUAAAUGUUGAGCACACCUGCCAAACGUCCGCAAUAAAGUAUUUGUUUAAGUACGUUCACAAGGGCAAUGAUCGGGUAACUGCUUCUUUCUACGAAACCAAUGUAGACGGUGAGUCUGAACAAGUGGUAGAUGAGAUACGCAACUAUUAUGAUUGUCGGUAUAUCUCAGCCUGUGAGGCAGCUUGGCGCAUUUUUGGGUAUGACAUCCAACAGAAGGAACCUUCGGUCAUCAGGCUUCCUUUUCAUUUGCCAAAUGAACACCCUGUUAUAUUCAGGGAUUACGAAAACAUUGUUGAUGUAAUAGAUAGGGUUGAUGGCAAGCUAACAAAGCUAUUGGCCUGGAUGCUUGCGAAUAGGUUGUUUCCUUAUGGUCGUACUCUUACAUACAGUCAAUUUCCUAACAAAUUUGUAUGGAAAGAUGACAUAUCCAUGUGGAUGCCAAGGAAACAAGGAUUCUCCAUUGGUAGGCUUUCGCAUGUUCCCCGCGGCAACGGCGAGGAUUAUUACCUGCGACUUUUGCUCAACAUACAAAAGGGAUGCCUCAGCUAUGUUCAUUUGCGCACAGUCAACGGGGUUGUGUAUGGUACCUUCAAAGAAGCAUGCUAUGCAUUGGGGUUAUUGCAAGAUGAUAAGGAAUUCAUUGAUGCUAUAAUAGAAGCAAGCACGUGGGCCUCUGGAAACUACCUGCGUGACCUGUUCGUGGUGCUCUUACUAUCUAACAACGUUGUAAGACCCGAGGUUGUUUGGGAGUAG